UCGGCGAACUCGAAGACCACUUAAAUUCGACCGUUGCGAAGCGAAGCCGCCCCCGCUAUAAAGCUCUCCCCCCGAUUCCAUUCCUUCCGCUGCCCUUCCAAAGUCCAAACCCAACCAAACUACCCGUUGGCCGCUCCGGUUCUCCAGCUCGCCUCGCGUUUCAUGGACUCCGCCGCCGUGGCGCUGGUCAGCCCCGCCUCCGACGACCGGCGGUUCUGGGACUGCCUCCGCACCCGCGUCGACACCAUCCUGGAGGACCGACGCGUCCUCCCGCCCGCCGCCGCCGCCACGGUCGGGGUGGAGUCCCAGCCGGGGAAGCGGCUCCGGGAGGACUCGCUUAUGCUGGUCCGUGGCCUCGAUUCCGUUGCCGCGUCGCUGGCGCAGCUCUCCAACACCCUCACCGCCGCUCAGAAGGGAGUGAGUACGCUGGCCACGUGCUCUACCCAGGCGAGGGGAUGCUGCAGCGCCGUCGAUGCCGACGAGGACGAGGAGCCCAAAGCGAAGCGGCUGUGCGGUGGCUCCAUGAAGGCCGUGGGCCUGGAUGGCAGUAAUCCGGCCGCCGGAGAAGUGAUAGUUACAGGUUCUGGUAAUGAGGGUGCCGCGGAUGCGAAACUGCGGCAGGGGAUGGGGGACAUUCAGGCCUCCGAGGACGUGGUGCAGAGCACCAAUCUGAAGCGGGCCAGAAAUCUGGCAGUUUCGAUGGCGAGCCGAGCGGCUGCGCUCGCGAGGGAGCUCAAGAACAUCAAGUUAGAGCUGCACUUCAUGCAGGAGAGGUGCGGUUUGCUCGAGGGGGAGAACAAGAGGCUCAGAGAUGGCUAUGACAACGGCGUUGCACCGGAAGAAGAUGACCUGGUGAGGUUGCAGUUGGAGGCUCUUCUUGCAGAAAAGUCACGUCUUGCGCAAGACAACGCUAACCUGACAAGGGAGAACCAGAGCCUGAUGCAGCUAGUGGAGUACCACCAGUUGACCUCUCAGGAUCUGGACGAAUCCUACGACGAAUCCUACGAGGACGUGGUGCAGGGGAUGCGGCUCGACUUCUCGUCGCCGCUGGGCAUGAUCGACAGCAAAGGCGAGUACGAUGAUGGAGUUCCUGUCACCCCAACUGAAAAUUUGGAGGUGUUGAGGUCUCAUGAUGAGUGACCAAUGGGAGGAACAAGAUGGGUUUUCCAACGGUGGAAUUCCUGUGUACCAGGUGCCAGCAGUAUGCCAUUAUUUCUGCUGUGUAUGUGCUCCUAACUGACCACUCUCGGUGGCGAGGCUUUGAUGUUCCACACUGACAAUAAUAAUUUAUGCCACCUGUUUUUCUGACAACGAUGUUAGAAACUGCAUCAUCCAGCGCUUGCAAGCAAAACCAGACCAUCAAAAUUCAGACUAUACAUAUUGCAUCAAAGUUUGUCUCCAGAAAUAAAUUCUGGAUACUUGGAUUUAUAAAGAAUCUGGAAAG